CUUGCAUAACAAUUCAAUUCAAAAAACGAAAUUAGUUGCUUUGGUUAUGUUGAUCCCUUCCAAGCAAGCUUGCGCAAAGCCACAAUCCUGCAAUUGUGAUCGGAAUAAUCACCAGGCUUUGAAGUAUGCCAAACCUUUUUCUCUCCGCCGCUAUGAGCCUAAACAAUGGCCACUUCUAGAAACAAUCCUUUCUCUUCUCCCUCAAACAUCCUAAAACCUUCUCCUUCUUUCUUCUUCUUCUUCUUCAAUUCCCCCAUUUGCUUCCCAAGUAAAGCAUCCAUCCUCUAUCAUACUAUGGAUUCUCCCAUUAGUACAUAUAUAAUCCCAUAUGGAACCCCUUCUCAGCAGAAUAAACUCACACCCUCCGAAUUGCAAUACCCAAACCGAACAAAGAAAUCUAUCCCGUAUCUUGUUGACGAGAAUAAAUGUCCUUACCAGAACCAGCAGCCACGGGAAGAACCAAUAAGUAUACCAAUAGGGUAAUCUUAAAAACUAUACUUGAACGCAGCGAUGGCGGGCUGGGAUUUGUCGGCCAGAGAAUGGUGAUUGGAGGGUGGGUUAAGUCCUCCCAGGAGAUCAAGAAGGAUACAGGCAUUCCCCUGGCUGCGGGGACUAAAGACGUGAGCUGUGGGGAAGUUCUGUCUCGAUUUCCACUUCUCCGGUCAAUCUUUAAGGCUUUCAGAGGAGAUGGGGAUUCUCGGGUUCAUGAUAAACCGGAUGAUGUGCAAAAACCGCAGCUCCCUUCAUUUAUGAUUUUGAAAGUGAGCGAUGGCUCCUCUUUGCACAGUCUUCGGGUACUGGUGGACUCGGAGCUGGCAAUUCCUUCUCAAGUCAUGCCUACUGGAACGUGCAUAGUAGCAGAAGGUACAUUGCAGCAGCCAGCGUCUCAGGGGAAACAUCUUAUUGAAUUCAAAGCAGACAAAGUUUUGCAUCUUGGGACCGUUGAUCAGAUGAAGUAUCCACUAUCAAAGAAAGGCUUAUCCAUGGACUAUUUAUGGGAUUGGUCUCACCUCCGAGCUAGAACAACAACGGUGGCUUCCAUAAUGCGAAUUCGGGAUGCCAUGAAUCAAGCAUUUCAUACAUUCUUCCGAGAAAAUGAAUUUCUGUAUGUGCACAUGCCUACAAUGACUAGCACCAACACAAGCGGAUCUAGAAAGAAAUUUGCAGUCACAACUCUACUAGAAAAGGACAAGUAUGAUGGAAUGGAUACUCUAGAACACAUUACAGCUUCCAUCAAAGAAAAAUCUAAACUAAUAGAAAAACUUGAGAGAAGUGAAAGUAACAACGAAGCCUUGGUUGCUGCGAAGAUGGAUCUAGAGAUGAUGAAGAAGGUUAUAUCAUGUUUGGGCAGCAAGAUGCAUCUGACUGCUUCCGGUCGCCUUCAUCUAGAGAGUCAAGCGUGUGCACUUGGAAAUGUUUACACUUCUGGUCCCAGGUUUCAAGAGAAGAAAUCAGAAUCGAAGAAGUCAUUACCAGAGAUGUUGGUGGUUGAAACUGAAAUGGCUUUCUCUAAAUUAGAGGAUGCCAUGAACUGUGCCGAUGACCUCUUAAAAUUUAUAUGCAAAUCGGUUCUAGAAAAUUCAACCGAAGAUGUGAAGUUUCUCUCAAAACGAUCCAAUAAAAGUAUAACAGUUAUGGAGCACCUUAAUUUCAUUACAUCGUGUUCACUCAAAAGAGUUUCUUAUACAGAAGCCGUGAAUGAUUUAAAACUGGCCACUGAAAAGAAAUUUGGAAAACCUAUAGAAUGGGGAGUUCAACUCAGUGAUGAACACACAAGUUAUCUGGUGGAUGAAAUCUAUAAAGGCCCGAUCUUUAUAUACAACCAUCCAAAGAAUCUGAAACCAUUCAAUGUGCGUCUCAAUGAUGAUGCAAAAACAGUUGCAUCAUUUGAUAUAUUAUUUCCAAAGGUUGGACUUUUGAUUAGUGGAAGCCAAAGUGAGGAACGCUUGAAGACUAUGAGCUCUAGGAUAGAGGAGGUUGGAUUGCCUAAACAACAGUAUGAGUGGUACUUAGAUCUUCGAAGACAUGGUACUGUUGAGCACUCUGGUUUCAGUGUAAUGUUUGAUUCUUUUGUUCUCUUCGCCACUGGACGCAAUGAUAUUAGAGAUGUUGUUCCUUUCCCUGUGCGUUCUAGCAAAACCAGUACUUGAUCUUCUCAGAGAAGGAAGCUCCAAAAGAUAAAUGGUCAUUCUAGAAUUCUGAGAACAAUACCUCUAUAAUAGAUUCUACUACAUAUUUCAAUAGUUCUUAUUAUUUCUUUUUAUGUAAAUAUUUACUUAAGUAGUGCUGUUGAAAAUUCAUGUGCAUUGGAUUCAAACAUUGAUACAUCAUACAUGUACAUGUUACACACACGUAUGUAACCAUGGUUGAUGAUGCAGAAGGGUACAAAUGUAAUUAUACGUGUAAUAAAAUUCAACCCAAAAAAUUGUUAACCCAAAAAAUUGUUAUCCCUAUCUAGUAUCU